AUGGCAGGGAUGAGCUGCACCGUCGCGAAGAAGGCGAUUGUUAGCAUCGUGGGAGUGCUUCUGGGCGAGGAGGGGCUGACCUACUACGAUGCGAAGUGCACGGUGAACGCCCAGAGGGCAAUGUCCGACCACGUACGCAUUCGGACUCAUGAACAAGGGGAUUCAACAGAACGGUUGAUGGGCAUGAAGAAGAAGGUACACAUCAUUUUCUUUACUGGUCAUAUGUUAGGGGAUAACUAUGGUUUCGUCUAUUCUGGAAGCCCUUAUAUUGGUAACAAGGAACAAAGGGCCCUGUUGGACGAGUUGAUACGGCAACAGAAGGUUGUCAAUGCAAGGAACCGUGCCGCUGCUGCUGGUUCAUCUCGUGGUUCCAUGGAAGAAAGGCAAGGCGUGCAUCCAGCAGCGACCCAUGAACAAGGACCAUCACCGUUCACAAGGGCUUUUAUGGAAGUCGGAAAGCUCAAAGUCAGAGUACAGGCACUUAAGGAGAAGCUUGAAGUGUCGAAAAGGAAACGAAGGGUGAGUGAUAUGGAGGUGUGGUUAGUUGGAAGGUGA